UCGGCCUCUCCCCAGCAAGUUCUCACCGGCUCGGGUCAGAUUCAGAAAGGGAGCCAGGAGCGAAGCUCACCAGACCCCGGCGGGCAGGACUCCGGGGCUGCGGAGCGCUCCCGCGUGCCGGGCUCUUGGAGUCACCGCAGCUAGAGAAGCAUCAGGACUCUAGUUCGCCAGGGGUGCCAGUGGGCUCCAGAGUCUCUGGUCACUCAAGUCCAGCGCAGCGACCCUCACAAACGCGCUCUGCCCGGGGACUGCGGCGGAACAAGAUAAUCGAAAUCAUUGCGGUUACCAGCGACAGAAAUGGGCAGCAAAACCUUGCCAGCACCGGUGCCCAUCCACCCGUCCCUGCAGCUCACCAACUACUCUUUCCUUCAGGCAGUGAAUGGCCUGCCCACAGUGCCCUCGGACCACCUGCCCAACCUGUAUGGUUUCAGCGCUCUUCACGCGGUGCAUCUGCAUCAAUGGACGCUGGGCUACCCAGCCAUGCACUUGCCUCGUUCCUCUUUUUCUAAAGUGCCAGGUGCAGUGUCCAGCCUGAUGGACGCUCGCUUCCAGCUGCCAGCCUUUCCCUGGUUUCCACACGUCAUUCACCCUAAGCCAGAGAUCACCGCGGGAGGCAGCGGCGCGGCGCUUAAGACCAAGCCGCGCUUUGAUUUCGCUAACCUGGCCUUGGCUGCCACACAAGAGGAUCCCACCAAGCUCGGCCGGGGGGAGGGCCCUGGCUCCCCUGCUGGUGGGCUGGGCGCCCUCCUGGACGUGACCAAGCUAUCCCCAGAAAAGAAGCCAACAAGGGGACGCCUGCCUUCCAAGACUAAGAAGGAAUUCGUCUGCAAGUUCUGUGGCCGCCACUUCACUAAGUCCUAUAACCUGCUUAUCCACGAGCGGACACACACCGAUGAGCGGCCUUACACCUGUGACAUCUGCCACAAAGCUUUCCGGAGACAAGACCACCUACGGGACCACAGGUAUAUUCACUCCAAAGAGAAGCCUUUCAAGUGUCAGGAGUGUGGGAAAGGAUUCUGCCAGUCCCGGACUCUCGCUGUCCACAAGACGCUACACUCACAAGUGAAGGAGCUCAAAACCUCCAAGAUCAAAUGCUAAAUAAACAGAGCCUGCGGGGCACCGGGAACCUGGAGCCUGCCGCCGCCUUCUCGACCAGGGGGACCCAAGCUGAAGGCAACUCUGCGGGCAGCGGGAGGGGCUUUCGGGAUCUUCCUUCCACAGCAACAAAGUCUCCUGGGUCCCUAGCGCUUGCGGCGCUUCUGAGCCUUGGCCCGGGCCAUGACUCCUACAGCCUGGGCGGCUCCCCCAGGACAGGACGCGGCUAAAACUCUUGGCCAAAAGGCGGUACUCAACUCACAUGGCGGAAGGAAAACUGCAUUAAAAAAAAAAAAAAAAGACAAAAAAAACCGAAA